AUGGGGAGAGAGCCCAAAGAGUCCGCGUGCAUGACCUCUUUUAAGCCCUUUAAGGUUCUUUGUCCAGGGCAGGGUAUAAAAUGGAAAAUACAGUACUGGAUGAAAAAGGACUUGGAAUUAUUCAUCUGUUAUAUUGGGUUAGUUAAUUUUUUCAAGACUGAUGACCUUAAGGUUCAUGCAUUAUAUGUUAUAUCAGAAACGUUAGAUGAUUUAUCUCUACCCCCACAAAAAAUCAAUUUUACGACCAUUCAGUGCAUCUGUGGUAUUGUUCAAUGUUGUGACUGUCGUAUACCUGUGUCAACAUCCAACCUCAACUCUACCUAUCAUAUGCUUUUUGAAAUCACAGCUGGUGGAGUAAUUUUUCAAUCACCUCCAAUUUCAUUUAAGCCCCAACAUAACUUUAAGCCUGAUCCACCUUCAAAUGUACGUAUGGAAAUCACAGACAGUGGUAACUUAAACAUUUCUUGGGACAGACCAACAUCAUUACCAUUUGAACUUAAAUAUCAAGUGAUAUAUGUCGAAUAUACUAUAACAAAUACAAACGAAGAUAUUAAGACUGUCUCAACUACAUUCUUGGAAAUAGGCAGUGCACUUCCUAAGACCAUGUAUGAGCUCCAGGUUCGGGCUAUGGGAUUGCAUGACCCAGGAGUCUGGAGUGACUGGACCCCCAUUUAUAUUUUUAACCUAGAAGACGUCAUAUACUUCCCAUCUAAAAUUGUGACAAGUGUUGGAUCUAAUGCUUCUUUUCACUGCAUCUAUGCAAAUGGCAGCAAUAUUAUUUCUUCUAAAGACAUUGUAUGGUCAAGGAAUUUGGCUCAGGAUAUUCCUGAAAGACAGUACAGCAUUAUCAGUGAUCAUGUUAGUAAAGUUACUCUUUACAAUUUGAAUGCAACAAAACGUCAAGGAUGGUUCGACUUUGAUGCAUUGUACUGCUGUAGUAAUGGAACUUGCUCCCGUCACCAUGCUGAGUUAUACGUUAUUGAUACCAACAUAAAUAUAUCAUGUGAAACGGAUGCAAACAUAACUAAAAUGACUUGUAAAUGGUCACCCAAUACAAUCGAAUCACUUGAGGGGAGUACUUUGCAGUUGAGGUAUCACAGGAGCACACUCUCUUGUCCUGACUCCCCAACAAUUCAUCCCAUAUAUGAACCCAAAGAUUGCCAUUUGCAGAGUGAUGGAUAUUAUGAAUGCAUAUUUCAGCCAUUCUCUCUAUCAUCUAGCUAUACAAUGUGGAUUAGCAUCAAUCACUCUUUAGGCUCAUUUGACUCACCACCAGCAUGUGUUGUUCCUCAGUCUGUGGUUAAACCCCAGCCUCCAUCCAGUGUGAAAGCAGAAGUUAUUACACAGUUUGGAUUAUUAAAUAUAUCCUGGGAAAAUCCUGAUUUUCCAAGGAAUAAACUUCAAUGCCAAAUUCGCUAUGGUUUAAAUAAAGAAGAAAUACAGUGGAAGCCAAGACUCAUUUGGGGCAUUGCUGAGCUAGGCGUUUAUGAGAACUGCAUUGGAAGCACGUCUUAG